CCCAAAUGUAAAGCUCCUCAGCGGCCCAAACAUAUUAUAAUAGCACAACAAAUUGGGUCGGGUGGUCCAUUCUCCGCUCAACCCCCUAAAACCCCCAAUCCUCUAGGUCUCCCGGCUCCGAUCAUCGCGACGCAACUCAGAAGGUGAACGUGGUGAGAUGAUGGGUUUGGGUUGGGUUGGAGCGAUUCUAGUAGGAGCUGGGUGGCUUGCCUUGGGCUACUGCUUUGGCGCGCGUUACCCUCCUGCUCGCAUUUUGGUGUCCGCCAGACUUGCCAAGCACAAAUCACUUGCCGCUGACGGUGACGGUGACGGCAAAAACGGCAACAAGAAAAAGAAGAAGGAUAAGAUCACUGACCCCCUCGACAUUGAAAAGCUCGCUGACAUUCUCCAAGAUUUCAAAAUGGUUUUGGUGGUUAGAAAUGAUCUCAAGAUGGGCAAAGGGAAAAUUGCUGCUCAAUGCAGUCAUGCGACUUUGGGCCUCUACAAGAAGCUCCUCCGUCGGGCACCAAAAUCUUUAAACAGGUGGGAGAUGUGUGCGCAACCGAAAGUUGUUCUAAAAGUAGAAACUGAAGAAGAGAUGCUUGUUUUGCAAGAUAGGGCAAAAUCACUUAAUUUACCAAAUCACAUUACGGUUGAUGCUGGGAAGACUCAGAUUGCGCCAAAUUCAAGGACAGUGAUGGCUAUUCUUGGACCUAUUGAAGUGGUUGAUGAUGUAACCGGUGGACUAAAACUCAUGUAAUUGAUUGAUUUAAGGGGAAUUAGUUAUCUUGUAAGUGUUUUAAGGACAUGAAAGACACUGGAGCUGUGGGAGCUGCAACCUUUGACAUUGGGCAGAGUAUGCGUACAGUUCAAUGUAUGAAGAUGCAGUUUAGAAGGGGACAGAACUCCGCAUUGAAAUUCUUCUAUUACCAACUUAGGAUGAUGAUGAAAAAAAUUUGAGCUGGAUUAUUCAUUUUUUAUGAAUUUGUAGUACUUUAAGGAUUCUUCUCAGGAUGUUGCACCUCUAAGGCUCUAAUCAUGUCUCAUAUGCCUCACUUGGUAACAAAUUGAACAGUCUUUUUGAUAUAGCAGACAGCAUUUUCUCA